GACGAUAAAAUUGGGAUGUUUUUUUUCAUCGAGAAAGAGGGCGCCUUCCCUGUUCUCCCUCUUUUAACAACAAGCGAACGGGUGCUACCAGUUUGCAACCACAAAACACAGACAACAAUGCCCCGUGAAAUCAAGGAGAUCAAAGACUUCCUGCUGAAAGCCAGGAGGAAAGACGCCAAAUCUGUUAAGAUAAAGAAGAAUGCAGAUAAUGUCAAGUUCAAGGUGCGUUGCUCCAGAUUUUUGUACACCCUCGUCAUCACCGACAAGGAGAAGGCAGAGAAGCUCAAACAAUCCCUUCCCCCAGGUCUUCAGGUGAAAGAAGUAAAGAAAUCAAGCGAGAGGAUGUAAUUUUGUUCUGUGAAUACAAAAAUAAAAUUUUAAUAAAUCCCAA